AUGCUUAAGCACGAAAACCCAAAACGCAGCAAAUCUCUCUACUGCUCUUUGACAGUUUCCCAAGUUUUCCGAUUCAACUGUUGCUUUCCCCCAGAAGAGUCUCGUUGUUCAGAUUUGAUGGGACCUAUCAAAACGAUAAAGAAGAAGAAGAGAACAGCAGAGAAGAAAGUUGAUCGCAACGUCCUGCUCGCUGCUGCUGCCGCCGCCGCCGCCGCUGCUUCUCUUCCUGCCGACGACUCGUCUCCGCCCGUGGAUUGGUGGGAUGGAUUCUCUCGCCGUAUUUCUGGUCCAUUGUCAACGGAUCCGAAGACAUUUGAGUCAGUUCUCAAAGUAUCAAGGAAGUCAUUUGACUACAUUUGCUCUCUGGUGAAAGAAGAUUUCACAGCAAAGCCUGCAAACUUCAGCGACUCAAAUGGGAAACCUUUAUCUCUCAACGACCGUGUAGCAGUAGCCCUAAGGAGGCUUGGCUCCGGUGAGUCUCUCUCAGUCAUUGGAGAGUCCUUUGGGAUGAACCAGUCAACCGUCUCCCAAAUCACUUGGCGGUUUGUCGAAUCAAUGGAAGAGAGAGCUCUCCACCAUCUCUCCUGGCCUUCGAAAUCCGACGAAGUCAAAUCAAAGUUUGAGAAAAUCUCAGGUCUUCCAAACUGCUGUGGCGCAAUCGACAUCACGCACAUUGUCAUGAACCUCCCCGCCGUGGAACCGACGAACAAAGUCUGGCUCGACGGGGAGAAGAACUUCAGCAUGGUGUUGCAGGCCGUAGUAGACCCGGAGAUGAGGUUCCUCGACGUGAUAGCUGGUUGGCCUGGAAGUUUAAGCGACGACGUUGUCCUCAAGAACUCUGGAUUCUUCAAACUCGUUGAGAAAGGGAAGAGACUGAAUGGAGAAAAGUUUCAGCUCUCGGAAAGAACAGAGCUAAGAGAAUACAUCAUAGGCGAUUCGGGUUUUCCUCUUCUUCCGUGGCUUCUCACACCAUACCAAGGCAAGCCCUUGUCGCUUCCUCAAACCGAGUUCAAUAAAAGACACUCGGAGACGAGAAAACCGGCGCAGAUUGCAUUGGCGAGGCUUAAAGACCGGUGGAGGAUAAUAAACGGAGUAAUGUGGAUGCCAGAUCGAAACCGGUUACCGCGGAUAAUCUUUGUGUGUUGCUUGCUGCACAACAUUCUCAUAGAUAUGGAUGAUCAGACUUUGGAUGAUCAAAGUUUGUCACGCCAACAUGACGUGAAUUACAGGCAAAGAAGCUGCAAGAUUGUCGAUGAGGCUUCGUCUGUCUUGAGAGAUAAACUCUCUGAUCAGUUGUAUGGGAAAAUUUCUUCAGCUUGA